AAUUAAUUAAGAUAAGAAACAGAAAAUAGCACUGAAAUUAAACACACCGACGGAGAGUUUACAAUUGUGAUUUCUGGUGAAGCUUCCGAUCUCGGAUUUUCAAUUCCGGUGAAGAUUAUGAUCAUCUCCGAUAUUCAAUCCCAAUGAAGCUUCCGAUCUCAUAGCUUCAAUCAUGUCCUAAAUCGAUUACCAUUUCUCUAAUUUCUUCUUCUUCUUCACAAAUCGUGUUGAAUUUGGAAUCUGAGUGUACCUCUAGGAAUCGUGAUGGACUAUGUGGUUUGUGAGUGUAGCUCUAGAUUCGUGAGUGUAGCUCUCGAUUUUGUUGGUGUGGAUAUAGUUUGGUCCUCGAUUUGAUUAGCUUCUCUAAGAUUUCAAUUAAAGAAGAAGAGAUUAAGCUUUCACGUGAUGUAGCCGACGAGAAUAUUGCAGUUUGAGGUCCGGUGAAGAGACGGAGACCUAGAGAAUGGAUGGUUCCAUCAACACCUACGGCAAGAGCUUAUGGUGUGAAGGUUUUUCAAUUUUAGGAGCUGCUCUUGCUUGGAGAGCUGUUAAAGAAUCUACCUAUAGGAUGGUAAAUGAGACACCAAUGACACAAGACAAUCAACCUGCAUUAUCAUCUUUCUUGUCUAAAGAAAAUGCAGAAAGAUUAGCUCUUGGAUUGUGUGUAAUGCGUGGAACUGCUCUUAAAGUUGUGAAAAUGUUGAGUAUACAUGAUGAGAGUUGUUUCUGCUCUGAUAAAUAUCAAAUCCAAACCAUUAUCGCUUUGUGGAAGCUGAAGCUAUGUGGAAAUAGUUUUGAGAUCAAAGAGAUUGUUGAGAAGAUAUUUGUUAAGAGUAAGAGAAGUUCGUCUUUGUCAUAGAUUUCAAUCGUCGGUUUCUUCGGCUUGUAGUUUGCAGGUUUUCUACAGGUAGAAUCUGCAGCUAAUGCUUUGUCAAAAGUUUGCUACAAUUUUCCAUCGUCAUGCAACUUACAAAUCCAAAGUUGGCUACAUAGAUGCUGAUUUCAGAAAUUUAGGUAGACCUUCCUAAACUUCAAGAACGUCUUCCUAAACAUUAUGAAAUCUUUCCUAAAUUUUUUAAAAUGUGUUGUUGAGUCUCUUUAUUUAUGUGUUGUAAUGUAUCAAAGAUUACUCCAUCAGUGAGGGGUAAUGUACAUACAAAUUACAAAUCCGAAGUUGGCCACAUAGAGGUUGUUUUCAGAAAUUUAGGUAGACCUUC